AGAACGCUGCUCUUCACUUCCUCUUUCUCUCUGCUUUCCUGCUACUCUCCGUGUCUCUCUUUCGUGCAUCUGCUCCAUCGAGAGCUCAUAUUCCGAAAACCUAAUCUGAGCGUAGUCUCUGUCUUCCUCAAGCUUUGAUCCAUAUCUUUGAUCGCUCGAGUUCCUUCGGCCGAAGAGGAGUGGCAGUGGGAGCGGAGAAGGUGGCGACGGCAAUGGAGUGCUUCAGUCGCGCGAGCACCGCUGCAAUAUCCGUACAUGCUGAUGAGUGGAUUUUUCGAAGGCGGAGGAUUCCAGUUACGGGGCAGAAGCUUCUUCGAAGCCAGCGGCGCCGGUCGCUGGCCUUGCUCAGGGUGCGGGCCGUAGUUGGAGGCGGCGCGGACAGCUGCGUCGCCACCAGGGACGAGGUCUCUGGAGUGGAAGAGUUUGCGGACGAGGAGGAUUUCGUUAAGGCGGGAGGGAGUGAGCGGCUGUUUGUCCGAAUGCAGGAAACUAAACAAAUGGAGAGACAGAGCAAGAUCGCAGAUAAGCUAUUGCCUAUAUCUGCUGAGGGUUCUACAUUGGAUUUAAUAAUAAUUGGCUGUGGUCCAGCUGGUCUUUCUCUUGCUGCAGAAUCAGCUAAAAAAGGAUUGCAAGUUGGUCUCAUUGGACCAGAUCUUCCAUUUACCAAUAAUUAUGGUGUGUGGGAAGAUGAGUUUAAGGAUCUUGGCUUAGAGAGCUGCAUUGAGCAUGUCUGGCGUGAUACAAUUGUCUAUCUUGAUAGUAAUGAACCAAUUUUCAUUGGUCGUCCAUAUGGUAGGGUUAGCCGACAUUUAUUGCAUGAAGCAUUGCUGAGAAGGUGUCAUGAAUAUGGAGUCAUGUACCUCAAUUCAAAAGUGGAAAAAAUUAUUGAAGGAAGCAAUGGAUGUAGCAUAGUUGUUUGUGAAAAGAAUUAUAUGAUUACUUGCAGGCUCACUACUGUUGCUUCUGGAGCUGCAUCCGGAAAACUUCUCGAGUAUGAUGUAGGAGGUCCUCGUGUUUCAGUGCAAACAGCAUAUGGAGUUGAAGUGGAGGUGGAAAACAACCCAUAUGAUCCCGACUUAAUGGUUUUCAUGGACUACAGAGACUAUAUGAAGGAAAAACAAAGAUGUCCUGAGGCAGAGUAUCCAACAUUUCUCUAUGCCAUGCCCAUGUCACCUACAAGGGUCUUUUUUGAGGAAACAUGUUUAGCAUCAAGAAAUGCUAUGCCUUUUGAUCUUCUAAAGAAGAAACUAAUGUCUCGUUUGGACACUAUGGGUGUUAAAGUGCUGAAAGUAUAUGAAGAGGAAUGGUCAUAUAUUCCUGUUGGCGGGUCAUUACCAAACACAGAACAGAAGAACCUUGCAUUUGGUGCUGCAGCUAGCAUGGUGCAUCCAGCUACAGGAUAUUCGGUCGUCCGGUCCCUUUCAGAAGCUCCAAAUUAUGCAUCUGCGAUAGCAGCUAUAUUGAAGAAAGAUAUAUUUUGUGAAAAGAACUCAAUGAUGCAAACAUAUCGUAGUCCCUCGAUGCUUGCAUGGAAAGUUCUUUGGCCACAAGAAAGAAAAAGGCAAAGGUCAUUCUUUCUUUUUGGGCUAGCACUGAUAAUAGAACUUGAUAUCGAGGGAAUCAGGACUUUCUUCCAAACAUUCUUCCGUUUACCAAAUUGGAUGUGGCAAGGCUUUCUCGGAUCGACACUUUCAUCUGUGGACCUGAUAUGGUUUGCCUUCUACAUGUUUGUGUUAGCCCCAAACAGCAUGAGAAUGUGCCUUGUGAGGCAUUUGCUGUCUGAUCCAACAGGAGCAACAAUGCUGAAAACAUAUCUUGUAUAUUCUCAAAACUAGCUGUUUCUCCGUAAGUUUUGAAAUGUACAUAUGAUCAUCUCGACUAAUAUCAUUUCAUAUAUUAACUAGUCUUGGACCAUAUGAAAUUCUUUGACAUGAGUAUUAUAAGAAUAGAUAUUGAGCAUCAA